AUGACCAUCCCAAUGAUGAUGGACAUCUCAAGAGGACCAUUUUCCCUGAUUUUGAAGCAACUGAGACCUAUAAAAGUGGAGGGUAUCUCCAAACAAACCGGGGAGUCGGAGAACAUAAUUUGCCGCAGUGACACAACAGCUUUCAUCAUGGGUAUCAAAGAUAGUUUCAUGGGCGCUUCCACUUUGACGAAAGUAGCAUUUAUCGUGUUACUCUUAGCUCAGAUAUGUAGCUGGAUUGCGUUCACGGUAUCUGCAUGGGCCAAACUGUAUGGAGCUGGUAAUACUUAUUCGUAUUAUGGUCUAUGGAGAGUGUGUAGUAGUGCUCAAUCAAACGCUGUGUCUUCGUGUAGCCCAUUGGAUGGAACUGGUCUUGAAUGGUACGGCGCCACCCAGGCAUUCGCCACAUUUGGCUUCGUGGGCAUCAACGUGGCCUUCCUCAUUGUCGUCCUGCAGAUGUUCACCGACAAAUGCAAGUCGGUCAGCGAUCUCACUAUUGUAAACGCCAUCAUCUGUUUUACGGCAGCCGUGUGCUAUUUACUGGCAGUUAUCAUCUUUGCAGCAUCGUUUGACAAAUAUUACGGGAGCCACGACUUCAGUUCAUCGUUUGGUCUGGCUAUUGUGGCGGUCAUUCUUGCCGCUGUUGCUGGUGUGGUGAUUAUAUUGGAUAAGAAAGGCGGCGGCGGAACAUCUCCAGCCUAGAUACACGACGGAGAAAAAUUCUUGUAACUAAAUGAAGAAAACUUUAUGAGUGAUUCCAAAGUUGCAUUCUGUAAAUAAUAUUGCCACUUACUUUCCAGUCUAAUGGGAGUCGAGGACUAUUACAGCAUAGGCAUUAAAGUGGUAUUAAAGCGCCAUUUUGCAACCGUCUAGAAUCUUUAUUAUAUAUAGCAACAGAGACUACUUUCAAAAUGGCAUUUUCGAACUGCAUAUAACAAUAAAUAUUCAAUAUUUGGCUGUUGUUGACAAUUCGUGUUAAGUUUUUUUUGCGAUCAUUACACAGUGAAGUGUAAACUAUAUUUAAACAGUAUUUCAAUAACUCAUUACUCACCACCAUGGCUAGGGCUUAUUAAUUCGUCAUUCCAGGUAUUCAAGUUAUUAUCUGUAUGACAGAAACAAGAGACCUGCCGCUGUUAUAAUUGAUAAUACAAACGAAAGUAAAUAAAUAUUACUUUUACUAGGCCUAUAUGAAGGUGCAGAAUUUCUCAUUAAUUGGGAGUAAUGCGCUGUCUCGGUUAAGAUAAAAACUAUUUAUUUAUUUAUUUUUCUUUCCUUUCUUUUGCUUUGAGUGUUUCUUUCUAAGUUUUUAUUUGAAGAGUUAUUUCAUAACGUGUAUUUACGUUUCUGUAUUUAAUUUAAAUCAGUUUUAGCCGCCAAUAAAAUAAUUAAUGGUGGACAGUUUAAGUUGGAUAAUUGGUGCCUCAUCAAAAGUUUUGAAUAUAUAUACUCUAUCAUGGAAUAAAUUAUAAAAAUUGUACCACCUAAACAGUAUUGUUUUUAAGUUUACGUCUUCUUUUUUUCUUUUUUUCCUGGGGCAUGGCAGUAGAGAAAAUAUUGUCUUUUUAUAAUGAUUUGUCUUCAAAAGCUAAACAUGUGUUUUUAUCUUGUUAAAUAUGAUACAGCUACAAUCCAUACCACAUUGUCUCAAGUUAGCUCGCACUGGCAAGUCAGCUGAUGUUCUCGGUAGUCUUUAUAAAAUGUACAACUAAUAGUAGUCUUCUAAAUGUGUAUUUAAAACUCUAUUAAAAAUAAACGUUUUUGAUAAA